AAUUUUCACCAAUUUUAAAUUCGAAAAGAAAUAAGAAAUCUCAUUCCAGUUUCCAUUUACAUCAAUCUACAGCUUUGUAUUGUUAUAAUUUGUUAAUUUCGUUUUAUAUUAAUAAAAAUAUACUUAUCAAUUAUCAAUAGGUUUUUCUUCUUAUUAUUAUUAUUUUCUGUCUGAGUUCAAAACAAAAAUGGAUUUAGAAAUGGCAACAGUUGUCAAGCAGGAGAUUGGUAGCAGCCAAGAACCAACAACACAGAUCAGCACACCAUGGUUUCUAAUCAAAGAUGAGGAUUAUGGUGAUGAAAAUGACAAUGAACAGCGUUUAGGCAAUUUUUGCCAAAUUUUCAUCAAAGAGGAAGUGUAUGAUGAGCAAGAGGCUGAAGGAUGUUCUGUGAAUAGUGAGCCUUCAUCUAUCAGCAGGACAUCUGCAAGCCCUACAAAUGCAACGGAAGUGGGUGGACUCGAACGCAACGAUCAACAUUCCAUCUCUUCGGUAGGAAAGAAGUGUAACUUUUGUGACUAUAAAUGUGCUCGUGCGGAUUAUUUGAAAAUUCACAUCAGAAAGCAUACAGGAGAAAAACCAUUCAGCUGUGAGUUUUGUGACCAUAAAUUUGCUACAUCUGGUCAAUUAAUAUUACACAAAAGAACACAUACUGGAUAUAAACCUUACAGCUGCGAGUUUUGUGACUUUAAAUGUACCACUUCAGGUAAUUUGAAAUAUCACAUCAGAACACAUACAGGAGAAAAACCUUACAGCUGCGAGCUUUGUGACUAUACAUGUGUUACUUCAAGUCGUUUGAAAAUACAUGUUAUGAGAAAACAUAGGCCUACAAGAGAAUUAACUUUCAACUGUAACUUUUGUGACUUUAAAUGUGCUCGUGCAGAUUAUUUGGAAAUUCACAUCAGGAUUCAUACAGGAGAAAAACCAUUCAGCUGUGAGUUUUGUGACCAUAAAUUUGCUUCAUCUGGUCAAUUAAUAUUACACAAAAGAACACAUACUGGAUAUGAACCUUACAGCUGCGAGUCUUGUGACUUUAAAUGUACCAGAUCAAGUGAUUUGAAAAAACAUAUCAGAACUCACAGGAGUGAAACCUUACAGCUGCGAGCAUUGUGACAAUAAAUGUGUUCAAAUAGUUUGAAGAUACAUAUGAAAAACAUACAGGAGAAUUACCUUUCAACUGUAACUUUUGUGGCCAUAAAUUUGCGCGUGAAGAUUGUUUGAAAGUUUACAUCAGGAAGCAUAUACACGAAAAAAACCUUCCGGCUAUGAGUUUUGAGACUAUAAAAAUGUACUACAUCUGGUCAAUUAAUACUACAGAAAAGAACACAUACUUACUGGAGAAAAUUUCGAGAGAGUUCUGUGCCUAUAAAUUAAUGCACUAUUUACAUUAUUUGGAAUCACAUCUUAGAAUCCAAACCUUUUAGCUGCAAAAUCUGUGUUUUUAAAUGUGCAUGGAUUUAUAUCAACUGAAGCUUUACCACCAUGUUAGCCAUCACAAUUUAUUAAGCUAUAUUCGUAUUCUGUACUUUUUAUAAUAAACUGAAUCACGUUAGGCCUAGUAGGAUAAAAAGGAGAAGUCAUGCGCAGGAUGUGCCAGACUUCUCCUUUGAAUAACCUUAACCCCAAUGACGUCACUGAUAAAUUUAGAGAUAAAUCACUGACUCCAAUCUUGACCUUGAAAAAAGUGUAGCAAUUGUUUGAUAAGUCUAAGAAGCUCGUCCUACAUUCUGCAUUCCAAGCUUCUUCUAUUGUUUUAUUUUGCUAGUGUGUGUUUUGGAUCAUAAGGGGGAUCUGAAUAAUAAUCAUUUAUUCGACUAAUCAAAUCAAUGGGAAGCUCUUGGUAGACCUAAACUUGGUUUUACUAGCCAUCCAAGCUCCCGAAAUGUCUGCUCCAAGCUAUCGAGGAUCCAGUUGCCUCCACAUUUAACCGUCCCGAGGCCCCCAUUCAACGGGAGGCUGACGCCGAAGAAUACAUCCAGCGGCUGUAAGCUGGAGAGUCUACUUGGUGAUAAUCAACAAUCAGCAGUGGAGCAGCCUCGGUGGAUUAUAUACAAGUAGCAGUGGAGCAGCCUCGGUGGAUUAUAUACAAGUAAAGAUGGUCAAGUUGAAAAAGAUGGUGAAGAAGAAAAUAUUGAUGAAGAUGGUGGAACAGCAUUGAGGGUUGAAAUGUUAUUGAUUUGGCUUAGAUUUGAAAUCUUAAGGUCUUUUCUUCUCGUACAUGAGUCAUACAGUACUAACUGAAAAUGAUGUCUAUAUUUCGCUCAUGCCAAACACUUUGAUGAAAAAGAAUUACUUUUAGAUUGAUUGCCUCACAUAACUGACAACAUCAGCUGCCUGCUGCAUAUUUUCAUUGAGAUCUCUAUUUAUCCAUUUUUAUUUAAUAAUUGUCCGACAUGAACUAUAAAGGUAUAGGCUAUAUUUGCACUCAUGAAAAAGUAGGUUUGUAAAAAUCAAUGUGUGUUUGUAUAAAAAAAUAAAAGCUUUCAGUGUUGCUUCAAUUAUGUUUAUUUUAUGUUUUCAUAAAAAUUCACCAGAUUAUAGGCCCUUACUAGAAUAUUCAUGAGUAGGAUGAGUAGGCCUAUUGAAUUUUGUGACUAUGACUAUAGUG